AUAAAGUACUAGCCACAGACGGUAAAAGAAAGGUACUAGCUUAGUUCCUGACCUUGUUCCGUGCCAGGUAGACCGGUAAAACAUGUUGCUUGGCUUGACACCGAGUCGGCGGUUGCUGUCUCACCGACGUUACCUCCUGCAGUGUCGCAGCAUUACAUCAGAAAGCACCGCCAGAGCUUCAUUGGACAGCGUGCUCUCGACAUUCAGGUCUAUAUGUGGAGAAGACGGCGUCUCAUUGGGUGAAGCUGUCAGACAGCAACAUGGCAAAGAUGAGUCUGUACACAGAUGUUGUCCCCCAGAUGUGGUGGUGUUUCCUCGUUGUGUGGAGGAGGUCAGCGCCCUGGCCAAGGUCUGCAACAACCACCGCCUUCCCAUCAUCCCCUUUGGCACUGGAACCGGCCUGGAGGGAGGGGUCAGCGCAGUCUCGGGUGGUGUGUGCUUCAGUCUGAGGAACAUGGACCAGGUUCUGGACGUCCACCAGGAGGACUUUGACGUGACAGUGGAGCCUGGUGUGACUCGGAAGGCCCUCAACGCCUACCUGCGAGACACCGGCCUAUGGUUUCCUGUUGAUCCCGGGGCCGAUGCGUCUCUGUGUGGCAUGGCUGCCACGAGUGCGUCUGGUACCAAUGCAGUGCGAUAUGGAACUAUGAGGGAAAACGUGCUGAACCUGGAGGUCGUGCUGGCUGACGGGAACAUCAUACACACGGCCGGGAAGGGCCGACGUCCCAGGAAGACAUCUGCAGGAUACAACCUCACCAACCUGUUUGUGGGGUCAGAGGGCACUCUGGGGAUCAUCACCAAGACUACGUUACGCCUGUACGGCAUCCCAGAGGCCGUGGUGUCAGCCGUCUGCUCUUUCCCCUCUGUGCAGGCUGCCGUAGACAGCACCGUGCAGAUCCUACAAGCAGGAGUACCCAUCGCUCGCAUCGAGGACAUCACUCAGAGUAAUGGUGGUUCCGAUUUUCAGUGGGCUCGAGAUGCAGAAACUCGGGGCCGGUUAUGGAAAGCUCGCCAUGACGCCUGGUACGCUGCUCUGGCUCUCAGACCUGGCUGCAAGGCUUAUUCUACAGAUGUGUGCGUCCCUCUGUCUCGACUGCCUCAGAUCAUAGUGGAGACAAAGGAGGACCUGAUUGAGAACAGACUCACAGGUCCCAUAGCGGGUCAUGUGGGUGAUGGUAACUUUCACUGUCUGAUGGUGGUGGACCCCAGUGACCCAGAGGAGCAGCGCGAGGUCCACCUCUUCACAGAGAGACUGGCCAGGCGAGCACUGGCCAUGGACGGAACAUGUACGGGGGAGCACGGAGUGGGCUUAGGGAAGAGAGCGCUGCUGUGUGAAGAGAUGGGACCCAUGGCGGUCCAGGUCAUGCAGCGUCUCAAGGACACGCUGGACCCAAAGAACCUGAUGAAUCCUGGGAAGGUUCUGCAGCCGAGAGAGCUGUAGCCUGAAGUCACUGAACACAGAGACCGUCAUCGGCGUGAUCGGAGGCUGAUGAAUGAGUCGGCACUUUUAGAGCAUAUUGCACUUGAAGUAUUUCCUGUUAAAACGGGACUUCUGGAUGAGACAUAACAGGAAGGGAUUGCUCAAGUAAAAAAACAGUAGGAAAUCAGUUUAGGCUGUGUUAAAAUAAUCCAAUUGAAAGCAAUCAUUGUUGUGAAUAUAUAUAUAAGUAAAAAGUACUUACUGGUUCGUAAUUAAAUAUAAAUUAUUUGAGUGUUGCUUCUUGCUUGUUUAAUGUGCAGCAUAAGUCCCAUGAGAAUCUUUUAUAUUAGAGCAAAAUCAGUAGUGUAAACUGAAAUUUCUUAAUCUCUAAUCAGAAAUGUAAUUAAAUCAGGACCUUCAGGAAAUCCUUGACCCAUUCCCAGCCCCAGUAUCAAUAGGAAGACUUAUUUCAUGUGGGACAUGUGGGAUUGUACGUAAAUAGACUUUUCUCUAGCGGUGGGGGAAAUAUUGUACAGCAUAGUAUCGCAAUUUUUUUCCAUCUAUUAGAUAAAUUGCACAUGAGAAUUUAACUUUUUGUUUUAGAAAUAGAAAAUCAAUCACUUUAUUUGUCCACCAGUUGGACACCUUGAAGUGAAAUGAACAAUGGAGAAUUGUAUCUUUUUUGAUAAAACAGAUGUUGACGUUUUCCUUUAGGGACAUAUUUGGAAGUUG